AAGAUAUGGAUAGUGAGAAUAAGUAGGGGUUUUAUAGAAUGAAAUUGGAGCAAAAGGGCUAGAGAGAUUUUAAUCCUUCAAACGACGAUAAUGGAAUGAGACAACCAUUUCUCAAGCUCGCUUGUGAUCUCUCUUCUCUCACGGAUUCUUCACCAUUCGCAAAGCUUCUUGAUUCAUGCAUCCGAGCCAAGUUAUCAGCAACUGAUGUCCGUUGUGUCCAUGCUUCUAUCUUCAAAUCCGGUUUCUCAAACGAGGUCUUUAUACAGAAUCGUCUCAUUGACGCGUAUGCGAAAUGUGGGUCACUUAACAAUAGUCGCCAACUGUUCGACGAAAUGCCUGAACGAAAUGUUUACACUUGGAACUCUGUUGUGACGGGUUUGACCAAGUUAGGUUUUUUAGAUGAAGCUGCUUCUUUGUUCCGGUCAAUGCCUGAACGCGACCAGUGUACUUGGAAUUCCAUGGUUUCGGGUUUUGCUCAGCAUGAUAGAUGUGAAGAUGCUUUGUUUUAUUUCGGUAUGAUGCAUAAGGAAGGGUUUGUGCUAAAUGAAUAUACUUUUGCUAGUGGUCUUAGCGCUUGUUCAGGUCUGAAUGAUAUGAAUAAGGGUGUACAAAUACAUUCUUUGAUUGCGAAGUCGCCUGGUUUGUCAGAUGUGUAUAUAGGUUCUGCUCUUGUUGAUAUGUAUUCCAAAUGUGGUAACGUCAAUGAUGCUCAGCGGGUUUUUGAUGAGAUGGGUGAUAGAAACGUUGUCUCUUGGAAUAGUUUGAUUACAUGCUACGAACAAAAUGGUCCUGCCCUGGAAGCUCUCAAGGUUUUCCAAGUGAUGUUGGAGUCUAGGGUUGAGCCAGAUGAGGUUACAUUAGCAAGUGUGAUUAGUGCCUGUGCAAGCUUGUCGGCGAUUAAGGUUGGUCAGGAAAUUCAUGGCCGUGUUGUUAAAAACGAUAAGUUAAGGAAUGACAUCAUUCUAACCAAUGCUUUUGUGGAUAUGUAUGCAAAGUGCAGCAAGAUAAGUGAAGCUAGGUUCAUAUUUGAUAGCAUGCCUAUCAGGAAUGUAAUUGCAGAAACUUCCAUGAUCAGUGGGUACGCAAUGGCUGCAAGCACUAAGGCAGCUAGACUCAUGUUCACCAAAAUGGCGGAGAGGAAUAUUGUUUCAUGGAAUGCGCUAAUUGCUGGCUAUACUCAAAAUGGGGAAAACGAAGAAGCACUGAGUCUCUUUUGUCUCUUAAAGAGGGAAUCAGUAUCCCCGACCCACUAUACUUUUGCAAAUAUCCUCAAGGCAUGUGCAGAUCUUGCAGAGUUACAUGUCGGCAUGCAGGCUCAUGUCCAUGUCUUGAAGCAUGGGUUUAAGUUUCAAUCUGGUGAAGAAGCUGAUAUAUUUGUUGGCAAUUCCUUGAUAGAUAUGUAUGUAAAAUGUGGUUGUGUAGAAGAUGGUUAUCUUGUAUUUAGGAAGAUGAUGGAAAGAGAUCGUGUUUCCUGGAAUGCGAUGAUUAUUGGGUUUGCCCAAAAUGGUUAUGGAAAUGAGGCUCUUGAGUUGUUCAGAGAAAUGCUUGAUUCUGGAGAAAAACCAGAUCACAUUACCAUGAUUGGUGUCCUCUCUGCAUGCGGACAUGCUGGAUUUGUUGAAGAAGGACGACAUUACUUCUCUUCCAUGACCAGAGAUUUUGGUGUGGUUCCACAUAAGAUGUUCACAUGGAAGGGGUUAGGGUUCCUAGCAAGUGAUGUGGGUGAUCCCAAAUGGUUACAUCUCGAUACAGUUCUCUGCAAACAAUUUGGGGAAGCAAAAGUGUUUGUUGAGGUAGAUUUAUCCAAAGAUCCCCCUAAGUCAGUCUGA